UAUAGUAAUGGACUUGAGAAACAGAAAUACUAGAAAAGUUUUACUUUAAAUGUUAGAGAAACAAUUGAAAUCAAUUAUGACUGAAAAUACUACAAAAGUGAAAUUUUAGGAAUAGUUGAUAAGAUUUUAGAUUUAUGAAGAUUAAAAAAGAGCUAGAUUAAAAUAACAUAGUCCAUAACCAUAAUAAUUAAUAAGAACACAUAGUUAAUCAGAUCAUAUUGAUUUUUAUGAAAGAUAGUAAUCUUAAUAAAAAUUAAAAAAUGAACGACUAUAACAAUCGAAAGAGAAAUCGAUAUAAAAAAAGCUAUAGGAAGAGAUUUAAGAAGCUACAUUUCAUCCUAAAAUUCUUAAACCUAAAAAUUAGAAUGCUUAAAAGAAUGAUUUGUAUCAAUAAGGAAUGAAAUGGAUGUAAUAAAAAGUAUUAAUUAUUAAUAGAUAAGGCUGAUCAUAUUGAUAAAAUGAAAGAGUCUUCUAUGAUUUAAUUAAGUUAAGAGAAUUUAUUUAAGCCAAUGGUAAACAAAGUAUCAGAGAAAAUAAUCAAAACAACAAAUCAAACAAAUUUCUUUUAGAGGAUGAAUAAAAAUGAAGAUAAAAAGAAAGAGAAAAUCAAGAGAUUAAAGACAGAUGCUACUCCAUCAUUCAAACCAAAGAUAAAUGGUAUAAAGUUAAAUUUAUAAAUUAGAUCGUUCAAAAAAAGUACAGAGUACACUGAAUAAAGAUAUUUUAUAAGUUUCUGUUAAUUUAGAAUUAAUGGAGAAAAUUCGGAAUUAUAAUUAAAGAGAACAAAAUAAUUCAUGCCAUGAAUAUUCUAGAUAGAGAAAUUGUUCAUCAGCAUUAUCAUAAUCAAUAGAUUUUGAGAAGCAGCAAUCAGAUUAUCCAAGUUUUAGAAAUUCUAAUACAAUUAAGAAAUAACCAAAAUUAUAGAUUGAUUAUAAUUGUUCUUCUGAGAAUUUGACAGAAAUGUUAUAUGAAGCAUUGGGUGAUUAAAAUUAUGAUUAUUUUUGA